AUGCCGGAAACCUCCACGGGGCUGCCUUGCAUUUUAGCUGCUAUCGGGAUGUUCGUGUUACUAUCUCAUUGCCACAUCGUCGCCGGAUAUAUUUGUUGCUGCCGGAGACGGAAGGGAGGUUGGAAGCGCCACCAAGACCGGCGACUGCCACUGUGGUCAUCGUUGUGUGGGUUCUGCAUGACCGGAGGCUGUGAGCGCCGACAACCCUCCAACCGCCACUUCUUCCCAUUUCAUCGACCCCAGCCUCCUAGUCGGUGGUUGGGAGUCUUGAUUUCAUGUUGUUUAUGGAUAUGGUUGGCUGCCAUCGUUUCAUCUCCUUCUGUCGCUGCCAGCCACCAUGUGGAGGUGGCUCUGGGCGUGAAUUGUGGUGUGUAUGACGAUAUCCUUGUUGUGUUGACCGAAGAUCAUAGUCACCACCAGCGUGAGGUGGUGGCUGCCACCGCGUGUACCGCCACCGACCACCACAAGGGUGGUUGCAACCACCACCUUAGGGUGGUGGCUACCGCCUCUUGCCGCCACCAACCGCCGUGUCGGGUGGCGGUGUGCUUGUCUUAUACGAGUAUUGUUAUAAAACAAACUGGUGGAAAGAAAAGGAAGGUGAAAUUCGUUGAAGAGGAUGUAAAUAGGAAGCCAAAGCCACUAAAGAAACUCAAGAAGAAAGAAAAAGUUUCUAUUGUUGAUGAGGAUAUGGAAGUGAAUGUCAAUGAAACUACUGUUAGUGAUAAUCGUUUUGAAUCCAAUGUUCAGAAUGAUGAAAAUAUUGCAAGUCAAUUUGGUGGAGAAGAUGAACUUGCAACAUAUGAUGAUGUUGAAGGUACUAAUUAUUUUGAAGAAUUUAUGGCAACUGUAUUGGUGACAUCUUUUAUUGACGAUGAGAGUGAUUUAGAUGAGGAAUUUGCUAACCAUCCGACCAUAAAGAAAGACAACAUGAAUCUCAAUAGAAAACUAAAUAUGCUUGUUCAUCCCACAAAAAGUAAAAGGUUGUUUGAUGAACAUGAAAAGGUUGUGAAUGCUACUACUGUAAAGAUGGAUGCUGCCCCGAAUGAAGCCAAUAAGCUUAAUAAUCUCAUCUUAUUUGACAAUACGGUUCAUUGUUUGAAAUUCACUGAGUCAAUUAACACUCUUGUACAACAUUACGAUGGUGAAGCAAAUAUAUAUGAUGAUCUUUCAAGAAAAGAUGCAAAGAUAACAUCUCUCAAGUGGGAGUUGAUGUUUGCAAAGACUGAUAUUUUUAAGAGAGAUGUUGAAUUGUUAUUAUUUAAUGGAUGGAACUUUGAGAUCAAACAAAGGCUUGUGAAUAUAGAGGAAGAAAAGGAUGCUCCAUCUGUUGAUUAUAUUGCUGCCCGUUUAGAUGCAAAGCUUCAACCAAUUUUUCCAAGUUGUCACUUGUUGAGAUUUUCUUUUUGA